GGAGGAGGAGAGCUAGGCAUUCCGCGGCCUCGAAAGUGGCAGUAUUACUAUUGCUGAUUCAACGCCGCCUGAUUAGGCACUCAGUUGCUGUGGCGGGAAUGCAGCGCGCGAAUUACGCGCGAAUUCAUAUAUAGGCUAAAAGGAGGCGCGGGAGUUCGCCGCGAGGAUAAAGCUCCGCCCCGCGCCUUAUGGUCGCGCACAGUAUGCUGCGCAUCGGCUAAAAGUUUCCUUUAAGUUAAGCACCAAACUGGAGCCACCAGAUAAGCUCACAUUUUGCCUCAUCAGAAAAUGGUUUUGUAGAAAGAAAAUAUCAAGUUUCAAAAAGAAAUUUAACAGGUUGCAAAGGGCAACAGUGACUGAAAUGUCACUACUUUCUUCUUCUUCCAAGGAUAACAGCCAACAACCAGAAGGUAUGAAUGAAAAUAUUUCAUUGGGUAUCCCUUCAAGGCAACGUAGUUGUGCUGCUGUAAAUACUCCAUCUGCAUGUGUUAACAAAGCUAUUCAUCACAUUCAAGAUCUAGAAAUAAAAGUGGAAGAAUCCUUUCAACAGUAUGAUCUUUUAUAUAAAGUGGAGAAAAUGCCAUGGGAUUCAGAUAUUAAAAAUGUUGAAGAAACUAAAGAUAUCUGGUUAUCACUCUCUUCUGAAUUGAAAGCUGAACAGUCAUUGUAUUGGGAAGGCAUCCAGCCUUUAAAGCAGAAAACAACAGUUGUUCUGGCAGAGGUCACAGAAUUAGUUACAAGAUUAGAAAAUGAACGUAAAAGGGCUGAAGAAGCUUUGGAGAUUGAGAAAUGCCGUAGGAAAAAACUAUACGUAACUGCUGAUGGCCUGUCACUUUGGAGACUGGAACAGCUUCCCAUAGCUGUUCAAAAAGAAUGGGAGAAGUGUUCACGAGAUAUUACAGAAUUACAGUGGCAUUUUGAAGAAAAGAAUCAGCAACUCCAGGAUGCAGUUAACCAACUGACGCAAAUAAAUGUAGCUAAUGCAAAGGUUCUGGAACAUAUAGGCUACAUGAAGAAAUACAGCCCUCUGCUGGGAGAAAAGCUGAGUUAUGAAGAUAAUGCUAUGGAAGAAGCACAAAAGAUAUACAUGCAGACAAAAUGUAUAUAUGAUACUGUUCAUCAGAAACUUGUGAAGGUGAAAAUCGUGCAUCAAGAAAUCAUAGAAGAAUGUGAAAAGGAAAGAAUAUCUAUGGCUCAACAAAUACAGGCAGCUGAAUUACAGUUGAUCUAUUUAAUGAAUCAGUUAAAAGAAGCUGAAAUGCUUUACGAUGAUUUCAGUAACAAGAUAAAAGCAAAAAAGGAAGCAAUAAUACAAUGUAAAAAUCGUCUUGAAGAAUUAAUCAAGCAAGAAGCAAAUACAAAGGCUGACUUAAUGUCUUGGCAUGAUAACGUAAGGCGGUUGAAUUUGAAAGUUGCUGCUCAAGAAAAUGAGAACAAAGAUUUACUGAAUGAAUAUUUUGAAGAGAUGAAAGUUAUGGAAACUUCAAAAUCCACUCAGGACUCUGACCUAGAAAAUCUGAAAGAAAGACUCCUGACUCUUCUUGAAGAAAUAGCCAAAACACAGAAUGAAAACAAACGUCUUUAUGAUGAAAAUGGCGGAUUUGUGCAAAAAUUCAGAGAGAGUGCAAGAAGGAGAGUGGGAUAUCAAUCAGAAAUUCAAGUUUUACAGAAAAAUAUUCGCAGAUUAGAAGAGCAUUUAAAAAAAGCGAAUAAAGAACUCUAUUCAGCUGAAUUGGCUUAUGAUGAAGCCAAAACCAAACUGGAGGAAUUGGAGCAAAAUAUUGCUAAAGAAAAAAUGCGUUUCAAGAACUUGGAAGAUAAUGUAAAAAAACAAAUUAGAGAUGAAAUAAGUGCUUGGAAGCUGACUCAGAAAAGAGUUAGAGCACUGCAGGCAGAUCUAGAUAAAAGGGGGAAGGAGUAUGCGAAGUUAGAAGAAAAAAUUCAGAAGAAAUUAGCAGAACUUGAACAGCAUGUAGCUGACCAAGCAGCAUUGCUAGAAAAAAAUAAAGAAAUUCAAAAAUCAUAUGCUGAGCAAAUUACCCAUUUGAAUAAACAGAUUCAAGAACUUGAUGAAAGGGAGGCAAAAAGAAAAAAAGUGCUGGAUGAACAAAAGAAAGGUUUGCAGAGCUUAUUAACUGAUGCAAAGAGGAAAUGUUUAGAUAUUUCAAGCCAGCUUGAUAAAGUCAAUGCAAAUAUUGCAAAAUUCCAAGAUCAAAUUGCUAAACUAUCUGAAUUGAGCAAAGGAAAGCAAAAACAGCUGGACAACACAGAGAAAAUUUUAGCAGAGUUGAGGGAGAAGAAUUCUAGAAUAAAGGCAAAGGAGCAGAAUGCUCAGACAUUAGUUGAUUUUCUCCAUGAUCGGCUGGAUUAUAUUGAAAAAAAAAUAAAGACAGACAGUAGAGUAUUUGAAGAGUUGCUGUGGAAUAGACAGAAAGCCCUGAGAACUCAGAAGGUCUGUGUUGUUUGAAUGAUUUUUGUUCUUUGCCUUGUUUUUAAUUUUUCUUAAGAAACUUAAUGCAGGUUUAGUGUAAAAAACAACAACAACAACACUGCCCUAUGUUGAAUAUUUUAGCCAAAAUGGGGAUUUCCUGAUGAAGCUUGACUCCAGCAUUCAGGCCAUACUAUAUGAGGAGGUGGAAGUCAACAAAAUAUCCUGCAAGACACUGUGUCCUUCCAGUGCAAGCACUGAAAAUCCAUUAAUUAUUUCAGUUUAUUAGGCUUCAGCAACUGGCUUGAGUUUUGUUCACAAAAAUGAAAUGAGUGCCUUAAAAAAAGCCUCUUGUUAUUUGUGAUACAAUUUUUGCAGUCCAUUUACAUUUAUGUUUAGGAGUUUUGCAGUUAUCUUUCACUCUGGGUGUGUAAAAAAGCUAUUUUUGAAGACACGAUUGAGAUACUUCUUUGUGACAACACUGUGUCUCCUAUGACUAAAUAGAUUCAAGUUGCAAAUUGCACCCAGUAAACAUAAACAGUAAUUGACAUCUGUUUCUGGCCAAUACCUUUCCAGUGAAAGGCUCCUAAUUAACUUAAGAUGUAUACAACAAAGUGGAAGAAUUUGCAGGCCAGUGGCUGUACGCAUGUUUUUCAUGUAUGAGAUCUCGGGGAUAAGAUCCCUGACACAUAUACGACCCAAUUGGUUCAACUGCAAAUGCAGAACCAUAAAACACACCAGCACAAACAUGUCCAUAGAUUGUUUAUUGAAUUUAGUGACUAGGAGUUGUGGUGCUGAAAUUGUCACAAAUUAUUCUUGGUGUGCUGGCCUGAGAUGCUGACAGAUAGUUGCUCUGAGUUCAUAUAUAGUUUGCUGUAAUAAAGAAAAUUAGUAUUUUGUCAGCUGGACCACUCCCAGUGGAAUAUUAGGAUUCUGAUCCUUGGCUUCUCACAUCUUGCUUUAACUUUACCGACUCUUUUCUUGUUCUGUUGUUUUUCAUUUAUAUAUGGAUCAAUACCUGGAACUUUCCUUGAUUAUUUGUUCUGCCUUGAUACAGAUUUAAAAACAACCAAAUUCUGCAGAUUCGUAGCAUUUGCAAUUGUGAACCGUAAAAAUCAACUUUCGUUUGUGAAAUUUGCAGGCAUGCUGUCCAUGGCAAACUGCUGGUUCAAAACUCAGGUUUCAUAGAUAAAAUUGGAAUUUGAAGGCUGGCAUUGGGUUUUGGCCCAUGCUGGCUUAACCUACAAAACUUUUAGAUAAAAUUAAAACAAAGAAAUAAAGACAAUGUAGUUUGUAUCCAAUUAAAUAAUUUAAAUCAAAUAACAAGUUCCUAAAGUGCACCAUAACUUCUCCUCCCCCUGUGUGCUCCCCAGAUCUGCUCUGGGUUUCCCCAACCCAUCAGAGCAGAUUUGGGGGUGGUGCAGGGGGCAUGCGAGGGGAGGAGAGGGAUGGGAAGUUUGGUUGUGUCUAAGUUGUUCCAAGUGCAUAAUGAUUCAGUUGGAUUCAACACUUUGUGUUUUGACUGUACUUGUGAUAACAUAUUAUUCAAUUUAGGAAG